AACAUACGGUCGAUAUUUGACCAACCAAUCGAUUUGCAGUUUUCAUUACUGCAAUGAUUGUGAAAAAGUGCAUUUAUUUUGAAUUUAUGUGAUAGUACAAUAUAUUGGGUAAACAUGGAGGAAAAGAAGUCUAUUCUGCACGAGCUGUAUGUAUUUUCAGAAUGGAAACCGGAGCCAGAAUACAUUCAAAAGUCUGACAGUAUUCUGCCUGAGAACAUAUCAGCUCUUUGGCGAUGGAUGAACUUCUUGGGGCCUAAAAAGAAUCUAAUUGACAACGUAACAGCGCACUUGGAAAAACAACAAAAAUGGCACAUAGCCUUAGGAGACGAGGGUAAAGUGAUAGCAGUAUUGACAGAUAAUAUAUUGGAGAUCAGAACGAAACGCUCAGAGUAUGCUACGAUUGCUGCUAGAACAACAGUGAGUCGUGAUGCAUAUCCUCAAUGGAGAAAGUUGGUGUGGAGUCCAGAUUGCUCAUUUGUGGUGCUGGCCUAUGGUAACGGUGUGGUCAGCUUCUUUGACCUGACUGCUUCCAGCCUAUUCAACAUUCCAAUUGAUUGCUCAAGACCAGGUGGAUUAGAAUGCACAGACAACACCCAUGCUGUUGCUGACAUCAUAUUCAUGCCCCUCAGAGUCAAAGAUACAAAAUGGAACUGGGAAGUCCUAGUAGUGACGUACGACGGCAAGCUGCGCGGGUUCCUAGUGUCCCAGACGGACGGCUGCAAGCUGCACCACUCGUUCCGUUUCCCGGGCGGCGUGGCGGCGCUCAAGUAUUGCGAGCCACACGCCACGCUCUAUGUCGCGGGCGUGCCGAGGGGAUCUGCUAAGGAGCCGACAUCAUCCCUAAGCGCCGGCAUCACAGCAUGGCGGAUUCUGAAUGAAGAACCGUACUACAAGCUGUCCGUAGUGUCGGACGAGCUCGAGGCGCUCGCCACCGACCGCUUCAAGCUCUAUGUGCCCUUCCGAUACUCUAACCACUUGGCGUUCAUAGUCCAAAUGGAGCUCUCCCCUGACGGCAGCAAGCUGGUCUGCCUCCACUGCAACGGCGACGUCUCAGUGUGGCGACUCCCACUCCUCAAACUGGUCUACCGUUGGCCUCUCAACACACAACCACACUUUGACUUGAGAAACCCAUUAGCUGGGGAUGAAAAACCGGGGAAGAAAGACCUGAGUGUAUUCUUCCCGGGAGAUAUUAACUGGUGGAGUAAUGAGGAGAUUAUAGUGUCGAGAUUCAGUGGAGCGGUUACUAUAUGCGAUAUAGAAACUAUGGCUAAUAUUCUUGGAAAGAAGCCUGAAUUCUUCCAGGGAUCUCCUAAGAUAACAUGCGCCCACGCCGGUACGUUCAUGGUGUUAGAGUGUGAGAGCAAUGUGCUGCCCGCCAAGAAGUCACGCAGCGAUGAAAGUAUGGAAGUAGUAAAAGUAGAAUCGGACACGGAAGACACAAUGUUGGAAGUCGCAAAAGAGCUAAUAAAAACUAUACUGUACGCGAUAACGGACAUCGAGACGUUCCAGCCGAAGCCGCGGCGCAUCACUGUUGUGUCGCGAGUGUAUCGUCUGUUGGGACUCAAGAGUACCACGCCUACUGAACUGUUCUCUAGGAAGAUCGAGAGCGGCAACUACAGCGAGGCGCUGGCGCUGGCCGACACGUUCGCGCUGGACAGCGACCUCGUGUACCAGCAGCAGUGGCGCAAGAACCCCGUCUCCACCGACGCUAUACAGAAGUACUUGAGCAAAGUAUCGAAGAAGAUCUGGGCAGUCCACCAGUGUGUGGACAGGCUACCGGAGACAUUACCCGCUGCUAAGGAACUGCUCCAGUUUGGACUGGAAUUAACCGACCAAACUAUUUUGGAUGAAAUAAAUAAGGAACAAAUAGACCCCCUGAUGGACCCCGAGCACAUCGCGCUGGAACACCUGAACGCGUACACCAGCGAGCUGCUGCGCUGCAGGCACGUCAUGCUGUUCUACAAGGAGAGGCUCAAGCUCUAUGAGUCAAUACUAAAAUGCGAGAAAUCAACGUACAUAAAAGACGAGUACGACCGUCUCCGAAGCAAUAGCGUCGUUCACAGUGCCAUGGAGAUUGCCAAAGAAGGCCGGAUAGAGGCCCUCACUUGUCUAUGGCCGCACGUCAAAACUGUUGCCAUGCAGUUGGCAGUGUUAGAAAAGCUGCCAGAGACGAUUAAUCCUUUGGAGUAUCAGCAUUUGUUACCUACAAGGCAUCCUUUCGAGUGGUUCGAUAAGAGGUCCCCGGUUAAAGUGCCGCCGUGUCUGCCGGAGGAAGAUUGGUGUAGGAAGGAAAUAUUCAGGUCGAUUUGGAGCUCAAACUGGUCAGAAGAUUCGACUCCCGAAAUCGAAACAGCAGGAGUCAUACCCUCCGCUUCAGACGACAUCGUCAAAUGGUACGACAAGAGAGCGCGAGAGAUAGAAGAGCGGAGUGGACUCGUCUCACACGCUCUCACUCUCGUCACACUUGCGACCAUAGGGGGAGGAGUGGAAGGGCUGGAUGAUAUCAUGUUCCAUUUGCUGACGUUAGACGUUCUGAUAUAUGAUAUCAAUAUUGAGGGGGUGACUCUGGAUCAGGUUCAGAAGAUGUCUAUUUUGGAGACGUGCACUAUUUUGAUGAAGAUGUCAACACCGUUAACGUUCGUAUCAGACUUGAAGCAGUUUGUGAUACCGUUUCUAAAGCGUUGCGAGAACUUGUCGAAACGUAACGACGCAUGCAUUACUGGCCUCAUCGAGUACCUCGAGAGCAUCAGUAUUGAGGAUCUAUCUUCUAUAUUACUUGUGCUACAAUCUCCGAGCGAGUUCGAGCUGGAUGUCCGAACUCAUCUAGAGUUGGUAGAGCGUUGUCUAUUCGCUCACACUGGUACAGAACAGCUGGAUAAAGCUUGUGACUUGCUUGAUACGCUGCUGAAGGAGAGUGACGGCAGUAUAAGUGGCAGUGAAUUAGUUCGUCGCGUGAAGGAAGUGGAGCGUUUAGUUUCUGCUAGUAGCCGCUUAGCUUGGAGGGGAGUCAAAGUACCGCCGAGAGAAUUAAGGGAGCUAAAGGAAGAACCACAGUCAGUUUACAACUUGCUGACUAAAGUUUCUAGGACACUUGCGCUGGGGGAAGAAAAACCAUUGCCACAGGAUUGGGAGAAGUUGCUCAAAGAUAUUCUGGAACUGCAGUCCACAUUGUUCGAAUGUAUUUCUAAAGACCAGUGCUAUGAGAUCUACGCCCUAGCCCUCCUAACAUCAGGCGACGCGCCCAGCAUCAAGCUAGCGAGCGAAGUACUGACAUGCACCGCGGACGGACGCCGCAUGUCGACUCAAGUGAACUACCCGAGGAGUGUGGCGCUAGUGUCGGCGGCUGCUAUGGAGUACUUCAACUCGGCCAAUAGCUUGAUCGAUCCGGGGUUGGAACUGGCCAAAUGCUGUUUAACACUUAUUAAGGAUGAUAAUGCUGAAAUAAGGCAGGAGUUGGAUUUAAUAAAUUCGUUACAAAUAUUACACAGUUUCAAUGUUGGCGUUGUUCCUGUACAAGUUCGCAUCUGUGAGGAUAGGAUGUCGCUAAUAGAAGCGUGUUUGAUGUUGGAUCCUAAUGCAUAUCUGGCUAGUCAUAAACUGUUAAAGCUGGCAGCUUUAUUGAGAAUCGCCGGAGACGACGAAAUAGCCAGGGAAGGUCAAGUCCUCCAACUAGCAGGAUCAUACGCCUGCGCGGCCGGAGAAGCCGGCGGCGCGGGUGGCGCGGCCGGCAGCGGCGCGAGCGUGGAGCUGGCGCGGCGCCUGGCCACGCUGCGCCACGCGCCCGCCGCGCCGCUGCUGGCGCACGUGGCGCGGACUGCGCAUGCGCACGCGGACACGGCCACUAGGCGGCAGCUGUAUGCCGCAGCGUUGACUUAUACGCAGGCUGAUAAUAUUGAGGAUAUAUUGCGUGCCAGGAUGGGCUUAGAACUAGAGAGUCUACAACAGAUGGGCGUGACUCUCAAAGAGAACAGUGGUCUCUGCGAGCGCUGGCCCUCCACUGACGAUGAAUUUGCUGACGCUGUCACUACGCCAAUGGUCGAGAAGAAAGACCUGGUUCCAGCGCAGUCUGAGAUGAAGAUACCGCUCUUCAAUUAUCUGCUUGACACAUUCCAGAAUAAAUUCGCUAUCAGCGACACCAAAACUCCCACAACGGACGCAAACGACCGCACAAUCCACGUACAAGAGUUCUACCGCUCUCUAUACCCGGAACACGACGUGUCCAACAGUUACUACAGCUACGACCGGUUCGCGCUGCCGGACGCCAUCGACGGGCCCAUGACCGUCGGACAGAAUGUACUCAAGUGGUUCUAUAUACAGAAUUGCUUGGAGAACGGGGUUACCUGCGAGCUGGAGACUGAAGUUGUCCAAAAAUGUGCCGAGGAGAUACUCUACAAAGACACAGCGCUCAGCGUGUCAUGUCUCCUGCGCUCCACACAGGAGGCGCGGCACACACAGCGCCUCAUCGACACGCAGAACACGGACGCGGCCGUCAGCUGUGCGUUGUACGCCACGCUUAUAAAGUGCAAUGCGGCUGAUUUGAGAGAUAACGCGUAUUUUACUAAGCCUGCUGAGAUGGCCCGCGAAACCCUCGAACAAUCAAACGCAUCAGAGGAACAAAUGGAGAUGAUACGGCAAUGUAUCGAGCGACUCACCGGCAUGGGCGAAGUGGACACCCUCAGAGCUAUGGGCUACUCCGUCAAUGGAUUACUGUUCAACGCCGACGACGACUACCGACGGGAGAUCAUUUAUAGAGUAGCCAGAUCAACAGACAAAGCUCACGUAGAGCGCGCCUGCUCCCUAGCAGAGAAGUACAACAUGAAUGCCCUGGACGUGUGGCUGCAGCACGCCGCCGCCGCGCUGCGCAGCGCCGCGCCCGCGCCGCCGCCCGCGCCCGCGCAGCCGCAUGUGCAGCAUGCUCGCAUCAAAGAGGUUCUAUGGCCACAACUGCGUGGUACGGAACACAACGCGCUGAUCAAUUUCUUCGCGCUACUGAAGAGUGUGGAUGAGAAGGUGCCCAUCUCCGGUCUCACUGCGGCUGAACAUAUCAAACUGCUGAAGAAAGCUAAGGCUGCUUCUCCUGAACUGGACUACAAGCUGCUGCUAGAACAGCCGUCUACCGAGGACUUUACAGCCCACAUCCUGAACAUCAUCAAGCCUGAGAACGUGGGCAUGGUGACCAAGUUCCUCCGCACCCUGCCUCCGGCGUUCAAGAUACCGCUGUCCGUCAACACUAUAUAUACUAAGUGGCUCACUAAGUACUUCUUUAGUGUGCCAAGCAAUGCGACGAACAAGAAAUGGAUGCAGCAGUACCGACAGUGCGCGAGUUACUUCAACAAGCUCUCCAAACACGAACUGAUGCAGUUUGUCGCCGAUACAUGCUUCACUGAUAUGGCUAUAGAACGGGUGCCAGCUGGGACUCGCAACCUGAUGAUAAUGCAAGCAGUCGACUACUGCCAGCAAGAGCAGGAGAAUGACUUCAAGUUCAAUAAGAAUGAGCAGACUUGGGCCCAAGUGGGUCAGGAGUUGACGCGUUGGGCUCGUUUCUUGGAGAACUUCCAUUCCAGCACUAUACAGACUCUCAUCGACAAUACUAAUGUGCCCCGCACUGAGAUUUGGCCUGAAAUAGAGAAGAGCCACGGGGACACAGAGAAGCUAAUAUCGUGCAUCAGCCGGCUGGUGAUGAGGACGGACGUCAAGCUGAGCUCGCUGAGCACGCUGCGCCAGUGCCUGCACGUGGACGCAGACCUGCCGCAAGUGCUGCAGAGCAUUGUGGAACAUCAGCUCAGCUGUAUAUUCAGUUCCAGCAGCAUGGAGACCCUAGUCACUCGCCUAACCUCCUACCACAAAGAAGGAGUCAAGAUUCCAGAGGAACUCCUCGAGAAAGUGAUGCAGAAGGCCACGGAGUAUGCCCUCCCUCCUCACAAGCAGAUAGGCUUGCUGUCUCUCAGCCAGAAGUCCAGGGUUCAUGACAGUGAUGACAUGAUGAAGAUAGCCCAGUUUACGGUGGACCUGUUUAAGAAUGAGUGGUCCGAUUGCCAAUUUUCUAAAGAGGUUACUGACGAGAGCCUACUGACCGAGGAAGGUAGACAGGAUGCGUUCGCCAAGUUCCUCGAUCUAUCAGACUCGUGGCAGCGGAAGAAGGCUCUGGUCGAUGUUCUCAACUGCUGGCCACCGACUAGGAACAGCGAUUCUAGGAGCCUGCACAGUGAAUAUCUGAGCAGUCUACUUAAGAAUCCAACCGAUGCGACAGAGAACUUGGUGCUUAUCAAGCUACUACUCAGACGGCCAGUACUUGCUGAAGAGGAAGUGAAAUGGCUUGCCAAUAAUGUAAGAGCUGAAUCAGUGAUCAAUGCCACUUGGAUUCUACUCCUCAGCAAGACUGAACAUUACCAAGAUGACAUACUGAACUUAGUGCUUUUGCAUAAGGAGUACAUCGAAAAACAAGAAUUAGAGGACGAAUUCAUCAAAGAGCUGCUAGACAACAAUAUGUUCAUAAAACUGGUUUCAAGCCCGUUGUAUACCUCCAUUAUUAAUUACAUAAUCACCAAGGAGUCGGUCGGCGAGGAGGCCGUAGCUAACGAGUACUCCGUCGAGUGGGCCACCAACGAACUCGUGAGGGCCUCUCACAUCUCAGAGGCAGGACAUCUACAACUGAUGUUCAUGGGCGUCCCUGCCUCCCUGCGAGGAUUCUCGCAAACAGUCAUGUAUUGCAAAAAUAAGUUUAACAUUUAAAUAUUCUAUCUUAUUCCAAUCAGUGUCUAUAUUCUCUCUAAUAAAUUAUGGUUAAAGGGC